CAGGCAGAAUCGAACCGCAUCGUUCUGGUUUCUCGGUUCCACGAAUGCAAAAAACUUCAAUCGUUCCUGCGGCGUCGUACCUUGUGUAGCGGCUACGUUUCGUGCUCGUGCUGUUAGAGUUGAAAAUAAAAUAUUCGGGAAGUUUCCCAUUUAAGCUCCUAAAACUGGUGGAAAUCUGCUUCAGGUGAUUGGCCGUAACGUGUGCAAAAGCGAACUCGUGUCGCAGAUAGAAAAAAGGAUACCGAAACCGGACGCGUGGGAAAGCAAAAUGCCGGCUCCCGGAACAUUUAAACUCUUCAUCGGCAAUGUCGAUGAGAAGACGCAGCCCUCGGAUUUACGUCCACUGUUCGAAAAAUACGGAACCGUAGUCGAGUGUGAUGUGGUUAAAAAUUACGGCUUCGUGCAUAUGGAGAAUGAAGACCAGGGGCGUGAUGCGAUUCAGAACCUUGACGGGUACGUGGUCAAUGGUAAAGCGAUUAAAGUGGAAGCAGCCAGGAAUCGUCGCGCGCCGAACACAAACACAACGAAAAUAUUCGUAGGCAAUUUGACCGACGUGACCCGCGCUCCGCAAGUUCGCGAACUCUUUCAGAAGUACGGUACCGUUGUCGAGUGCGAUAUCGUGCGCAACUACGGUUUCGUCCACCUGGACCCGACCGGGGAUGUAAACGAAGCAAUCCGUGAAUUGAACGGCAUGAUGGUGGACGGGCAGCCUAUGAAGGUCCAAGUCUCCACCAGUCGGGUACGCCCGAAGCCCGGUAUGGGCGAUCCGGAGCAGUGCUACCGCUGUGGCCGCUCCGGGCACUGGUCCAAGGAGUGUCCGCGUCUGCUCUGGUCCGAAACCAGGUUCCGCGAUCGACCGAUGUACGCCAGGGAUCCGUAUCCACCGCCGCCGCCGCCACCGUUCCUUCGCGAUCGCAUAAUGGAUGGAUUUAGGGACACCUUUGACUACUAUGACCGGUACGAUGAUCCGAGGGAUCUGUUCGAGCGGCGAUAUGGUAUUCGUGGCCGUGACUUUCCCCCCUUGAGAGCUCGCGAACCGAUGCCACCGAUUCCGCCAUUGAUGCGCCGUAGUGCGGUCGAAAGCAGCCGCAGCAGCACCUACGAUUCGAUGUUCAGUCGCCGCACACCUCCACCGACUUCUCGCAAUGGCAGCAGCAUUAGCCGUUUCGGUGUGUACGAAGACUUCAGUCGUGAUUCAUUCGACGACAGACGGCAGGGACUGCGAGGCCCGUCGCCGACUCAUCGGUAUGCUCCGUACUGAGAUGAGCUGCACCCGAUUGGCAUUAGCAGCAGCAACAACAAUGGACGCAGAUAUCAAUCUACUACCAGCUACUAUUACAAGACCAUAUAAAUGCUUGUAAGAAUUGAUUUUUUUAUUGUUGCCGCUGAUCUGACAAACAGUAUAAACAAUCAGCUCAUUACAUUUUUUUUGCUAAGUUCAUAUGCGAUUAAAUUCGGUCUUAUCCGUUUAUUCUAAGCCGUCGCAAUACAAUGGAAUUCAAAAAAUAAAUAGUUUUACUUUGAAGUUUGAUUAAAAAAUGUGUGGCAGCAAUUAAAAAUGCAUACACAUGUUUUAUCACUGUUUCAACAUUUCAAUAUCGCUUUGAUGAAUUGAUAGAGUAAUACAGAUUGUAUUUUAAUCAGUAAAAAAAUCAGCGUCGGUCGAAAAUACGACAUUUUGCGCUAACAAACUGAAUCACUUUCAUUUGUUGAGGUGAAGAUCAAUUCUAAGAAAAUGACAGUAUAUAACCGAUUGUCCUAAAUAUAUUUAUCACACGAUAAACUCUA